AUUUCUCCAUGGGAACCAGCUGAGUGGUCCAAUAAUACCAGGGCUAAGCAACCUUGUGUUGAAUAGAGACUUAUACCUUCAGGGCAACAGCUUAACGGGCUCGAUUCCUGACUCCCUCACCAAGCUCUCAAACCUUCGUGUAUUAUACCUUCAACGGAACAAGUUGUCUGGCACCAUACCAGCAACAAUCACCAACUUUCCGUUUUUGCUGAUCUU